AUGAUGGCUCAAACACUCCAGUUCACCAGCUACGAGCAUGAAGAUGCCUGGGACGUGAAUUGGCUGCGUGUGGAUGACACCCAUGAACUUUACUAUCAACAGUUCGGCAAGAAGGACGGAAAGCCUGUCAUCUACCUCCAUGGCGGUCCUGGCGGGAACUGCUCCAAAACCAACACCGUCUUCUUCAACCCCUCUGAAUACCGAGUGGUUCUGCUCGACCAGCGAGGCUGUGGUCAAUCGCGCCCUAAUGCCAACACAACAGACAACACUACUUGGCAUCUCGUCGAAGACAUCGAAAAGCUGCGCAAGCAUCUGAAGUUUUCCAAAUGGCACAUGGUCUUUGGUGGCUCCUGGGGAUCCACACUCGCUCUAGCAUAUGCGCAAACACACCCCGAUAGUGUAGGUAGUCUAGUCCUGCGCGGCAUCUUCACCGUGCGAGACAUCGAACUCAAGUGGACCAACCAUGCAGGCGGCGCGCAAAUGCUGUUUCCCGACCGCUGGGAGGACUUUAUCAAGUUUUUACCAGAGGAAGAACGUUCCGAUCAUAUCGGCAACUACCACAAACGCCUCAUGUCUUCGGACUCGUCUAUCAGUCAUCCCGCGGCUGAGGCGUGGAACACGUGGGAGCUAUCAAUCAGCACCCUGUAUCCUGACCCACACGCGUACAAGAAACUGAAAGAACCAGCCUAUCUGCUCGCACAUGCUAGGAUGGAGAUCCACUACUUCAUCAACAAAGCAUGGAUGGAAGACGGGCAGCUGUUGAGGAAGGAGAACGUGGACCGGAUCCGGAACAUUCCGACGACCAUCGUGCAGGGCAGGUACGAUGUUGUCUGCCCGCCGGUUACAGCGUGGGAGUUGUACAAGCAGUGGCCGGAGAGCAAAUUGCACUUCAUCGACGACGCUGGGCACAGUGUUAUGGAGCCCGGGACGAGAAGGAAGUUGACUGAAGUAUAUCUCUCUGCCGCGUCGUUCCCCUUCCACAUCCCAGAAGGACCGCCGUCCGAACCAGUCCCCAGCAGCGACAUAACCCUCAACGCCCUCGUCCAGCAUGGCGUGCACAAGAUGGACUGCGAUCGCGCAUUCCUUUCGCUCAUUGAUAAUCGAAAUCAAUUCAUAUGCGCAGAGAUGACGAGGCACCAGUCGCUUUCGAGUGCAGACCCGGCCGAGCCGCUCUUGCUGGGUACUUCGCGAAUCGCUCUCGAAUGGGGCGUCUGCCCAUUCACCAUGUGCAUCUUCCAGGGCAAACCAGUGCCUAUGCCGGACAGUCCCUAUAUCAUUGCCGAUAAGUCGUAUUUCUGCAUAAAAGACUUUCGCCAGGUUCCCACAUUUGCCGAGCGCCCGUUCGUGGCUGGCUACCCGCACAUGGUUUCAUACCUCGAGAUACCGCUGUUUGCAAUGUCUGGGCAGAUAUUGGGCAGCUACUGUGUUGUUGACACUAAAGAACGGGACUUCCUGCAUCCCAAGUCUCUGAGCACUCUUCGCGAAACUACCUCGGCUAUCAGUGCAUACCUCGAUAUGCGACGCGCCGAAGCUUUCGACACUCUCUUCAUGAGAGCCGCAGAUAGUAUUGGCGAUGCUAUGGGUCUGGAUGGCCUAGUCUUCUUUGACACUGUUUCAACUGGCGCCCGAAACAAAGGUUGCCAGCUGAAAUUGCGUCAGUCGCUCAUCCAGCGCUUGACUGCCAAGUACCCUCGAGGGCAUGUCUUCGCAGUCGAUGAACAUGGGGUCUUCCAACACGAUUGCGAUGACGAACUUGACUCUGGUGCGGAUGACAGAUGGAAUGACCUCUUCAGUUUAUUGCCAAAGACCCGCUACGUAAUAUUCCUGCCUAUGUUUCACUACUCAAGAGAAGCUUGCUACGCAACCUGCCUAGCAUGGGUAUCUGACACCGGCAAAACACUUGAUACUGGCGAUGUCAAUUCAUUGACAGCUUUCGGUAACUCACUGAUGGCUGAGGUCUUUCGCUUAGAAGCAUGCGAAAACACACUUUCCAAGUCGGAUUUCGUUUCGACCAUCAGUCACGAGUUACGAAGUCCCUUGCAUGGCAUCUUGGCCAGCAUUGAGCUGAUCCAAGAGAACUGCCAGGGAUCUGGUUUGAUGUCGGAGAUCUCCAUGAUUGAGUCUUGUGCGGUCACUCUUCUCGAUACAUUUGACCAUCUGUUGGAAUAUUCCAAAGUGAAUAGCCGCGCCAGCGUUGGACAAAGAGGCGGAAAUGGAGAUCCUCGUUUCACCACCCACGUUCAUCACGGUGCAGUAGCUGUCGACUUGGCUUCUAUGGUCGAAGACGUUAUUGGGACUGUUUCCGUAGGUCAUGACCAUUCUUCGCGCCUCUCUUCUGGACUUAAUAAAGAGCGUCAAGAUUUGUUGGUUGGAUCGCCCGCAACGGCACAAACCGAGCCUGUCGUCGUCACCACACACAUUGAAAAGGCCCGUGAUUGGACCUUUGUCAUUGACGAGGGUGCUUGGAAGCGGAUUCUACUUAAUGUCGUCAGCAACGCAUUGAAGUAUACCAAGUCGGGCUACAUUCACGUAGGUCUAGCAUUUUUGGAGGCUGCCGAUGACAGUCAGUCACAAAUCAGUCUUUCUGUGACCGACACGGGUGUAGGCAUGAGUGAGGAUUUCCUCAAAUACCAUCUCUUUACACCCUUUACUCAGGAGAAUCUACUAAGUCCAGGAACUGGGCUAGGUUUGAGCUUAGUGAAGAGCAUCGUGGAGUCACUACACGGAACUAUAUCAGUCUCUAGUCGUUUGGGCAAGGGAACGAAGAUCAUCAUCAACAUUCCGGCUAGUCAAACGGCGCAGAGACCAAAAGCGCCACGUGGCGAGAACGUUUCCUCUCACGAAUGCCUAAGCGGAAAGGCAAUCGGUAUGCUCAGUCUCUCUCGACCCGAAGAUCAAGGCAAAGAAUUUGCACCCUCUAUCGAUUCGCCUCCCGAAGCGCUGGAGCGGGCCGUUCGAAAUAUCUGCGAGGAUCGCUUCGGCAUGAGGUUCACCACUGUUUCCACAGACACACUUCCGGUUCUGGAUGUACUCCUCAUCGAUCACCAUGCCCUCUCUUCGAGACUCACGUACGACUUGAAAACUUUGUUCCCUACGUAUACGGGAGGGACUUACCCGGUCAUGGUCGACUUGCGCAAUAUCAAAGGCGCACCUCCCGAAUCUGGCACUAGCAAGCCCAUGCACACAGUACUAGUUACUGCAAACUCGCUCGGACCUGCACUCAUCUCGGCUAUGAAGGAUGCCACUAACAAGGAGAUGGCAGACUCGGUGCCGUCCAUAGAAGUCAGAAGCAGACCUGACAUGGAGCCAACAGAGCAAUUAGAACAUGCCGACACAAAUUUAGAGCCAGACCCGCAAAUCAAAGUACUUCCACACCGCAGCUUAUCGUUGCAGCGUGUGACACUAGCCGACGCCGCCACAAGUCCUGCUCUACAAGCACCAUUACCAACACAACCACCUACCCCGCUUACAAGCAGCCCGACAUGCCGAUUCCGCCGUCUGCUCUUGGUAGACGAUAACCCCAUAAAUCUAAAAAUGCUUUGCGCCUUUGCAAAACGCCUCGGCGUACCGUAUUCCAGUGCCACCGACGGCGCAGAAGCGGUGCGUCUCUAUCAAACCGCCACUGAGCAAGAGGACCCAAAAGCAAAUUAUGACUGCAUCUUCAUGGACAUCAGCAUGCCAGUUAUGGAUGGCUUCCAGGCCGUGUCAAAGAUUCGUGGAAUCGAACACGGUUUGAUGGAAAAAGGCAUACCAAGACAAUCCGAUGACGCUGCGAGACAUGGUCUAGAUGGUACUCUAGAGGAUGAGAGAGGUACCCGGGCGUACAUCUUCGCAUUAACGGGUCUUGGUAGCGAGAAAGCGCGAAAGCAAGCGAAGAAUAGCGGUUUCGACGAGUUCCUUCUCAAGCCAGUGAGGUUCAAGGACGUCCUACCGUUGUUGGCACGUCUGCCGACUGCAUGA